AUGUCUCGUGCUCGCCUGCCAAGACUGCUAAGACCCAGCUCACUCACUCGCCAUCAUCCAAGACGAUGGACCCUGAAGCUCCUCCUACAAUACGCUAGACCUGCCUCGAGAACGACCUGUUCAUGCAGCGCUCCGAGCACUCUCCCAGCCUGGCCUGCAACACACUUCCCUGAACCAAUCGAUACAACGAGUCAUUUAACCAAGAUUGCAAAACAUGAACGACACUUGCUCGUGGAUACAAGUCAUCAUGCCGGUGCGCAUGAUUGGCCACCGUACCUACCCAUCGACACCACCACGUCUGUUGCAGCAGCCAUCACCUCGUUGCUGGCGAAGGAGGAACGCUUCCUGCACAAGACAACGGGGAGAAAGAUCCUUUGUAAUCAAAUCACACAGACAUUGCAUGUUCCACAACCAACAGUGGCAGAGAGGACAAAAGUCUUGGUCAUGCCAGAUGGAAUCCAACUCUCCAUCCAACCAAACGAAGCCUCAUCCCUCCUGGACGCCGUCCUUGCAACCACUUCAGCAUCAAAAGACUUGCUCUCAUUGCUGAAAUCGAAGCUUCCAGCGUCCGCAGUCACACAAAUCCCACACGAAGCACUCGUCAUGCUGUGUGCGCAUAAACAGCGUGAUGCGCGUUGUGGCCUCGCUGCACCGGUCUUGCAAGCGCAUGCACGGCAUCAUCUAGCAAAUCGGGAUAUCGCGUAUUACUACCUCGAUCAUAUGGGCGGCCACAAGUUUGCAGGAAAUUUGGUGGUCUAUCAGCAGAAUGGUACCCCGUGUGCGCACACCUGGCAUAGUGUCUGGUAUGGUCGCGUCCAUGUGGAUAACAUCAAGCACGUUUUACACCAAACGCUUGAUCAGAAGGAUGUCGUUCCCGAGUUGUUACGGUAUACCAAUAGAUAG